GGCUCCCGGUCUGAGUCCCGAUUCCUGAUCCCCGAUUUCUAGAUACCAGGGUCCGCCAUGGGUGCCUGAGCGCCCCCAUUGCCCCCGGCCCCCUGCCCCGGGGCCUUGAGGGGGCAGAGGCAGCGGUCUGGGACGAAGAGGGGGUGCCCGGGCUGCUGAGCCCCCUUCACCCCCCGCGUCCACCCGUCGGGCUGGGAGUGCGGAGUUCGGAGCGACCCGGGGCGCUGCGGAUACAAAGGCGCCGGGCGGCGGGGCGCCCGCCGAGGCCACUGGGCAGGUCGCAGCGGCGGGGGCCGUCGCUUGAUUUUCUCUGAGACAAGCCCACCCGUCCAGCAAGAUAGAGUCCCUCAGGGUGACGGUUGAUUUCCUGAAGGUGCCCUUCGGCUUGAAGAAGCCAGUGCUGAAGGAGGUGGCUGUGGGGCCCCCCCAAAGGCCCCAGCCUGUGGCCCUGGAGCGCUACAAGGCGCGGCGUUCCGACGCCAUGGACACCGAGUCCCAGUACUCGGGCUACUCCUACAAGUCGGGCCACUCCCGCAGCUCCCGAAAGCACAGGGACCGCCGGGACCGACACCGCUCUAAGAGCCGAGAUGGGAGCCGCGGGGAUAAGUCGGUGACGAUCCAGGCUCCAGGGGAGCCCCUCCUGGACAAUGAGUCCACUCGCGGGGAUGAGCGGGAUGACAACUGGGGGGAAACGACCACCGUAGUCACAGGUACUUCAGAGCACAGCAUCUCCCAUGAUGACCUCACGCGGAUCGCCAAGGACAUGGAGGACAGUGUCCCACUGGACUGCUCCCGUCACCUGGGGGUGGCCGCUGGCACCACGCUGGCGCUGCUCUCCUUCCUCACCCCGCUGGCCUUCCUGCUGCUGCCUCCGCUGCUGUGGCGGGAGGAGCUGGAGCCCUGCGGGACCGCCUGCGAGGGCCUCUUCAUCUCCGUGGCCUUCAAGCUGCUCAUCCUGCUGCUGGGCAGCUGGGCGCUGUUCUUCCGCCGCCCCAAGGCCUCGCUGCCCCGCGUCUUCGUGCUGCGUGCCCUGCUCAUGGUGCUCGUCUUCCUGCUCGUGGUCUCCUACUGGCUCUUCUACGGGGUGCGCAUCCUGGAUGCCCGGGAGCGCAGCUACCAGGGCGUGGUGCAGUUCGCCGUGUCGCUGGUGGACGCCCUGCUCUUUGUGCACUACCUGGCGGUGGUCCUGCUGGAGCUGCGCCAACUGCAGCCUCAGUUCACACUCAAGGUCGUGCGCUCCACUGACGGGGCCAGCCGCUUCUACAACGUGGGCCAUCUCAGCAUCCAACGCGUGGCAGUGUGGAUCCUGGAGAAGUAUUACCAUGACUUUCCCGUCUACAACCCUGCCCUUCUCAACCUGCCCAAGUCCGUCCUGGCCAAGAAAGUGUCUGGCUUCAAGGUGUAUUCCCUCGGAGAGGAAAACAGCACCAACAAUUCCACGGGCCAGUCCCGGGCUGUGAUUGCUGCGGCAGCCCGGAGGCGGGACAACAGCCACAAUGAGUACUACUACGAGGAGGCAGAGCACGAGCGGAGGGUGCGCAAGCGGAGGGCCAGGCUUGUGGUGGCGGUGGAGGAGGCCUUCACUCACAUCAAGCGGCUGCAGGAAGAGGAGCAGAAGAACCCCAGGGAGGUGAUGGACCCCCGGGAGGCGGCCCAGGCCAUCUUCGCAUCCAUGGCCCGAGCCAUGCAGAAGUACCUCCGGACCACCAAGCAGCAGCCUUACCACACCAUGGAGAGCAUCCUGCAGCACCUGGAGUUCUGCAUCACCCAUGACAUGACGCCCAAGGCCUUCCUGGAGCGGUACCUGGCAGCCGGACCGACCAUCCAGUACCACAAGGAACGCUGGCUGGCCAAACAGUGGACACUGGUGAGCGAGGAGCCGGUGACCAACGGCCUUAAGGAUGGCAUUGUUUUCCUCUUAAAGCGCCAGGACUUCAGCCUGGUGGUCAGCACCAAGAAGGUUCCAUUCUUCAAACUCUCUGAGGAAUUUGUGGACCCCAAGUCGCACAAGUUUGUCAUGAGGCUGCAGUCUGAGACCUCGGUGUGACUGUGUAACAGCAGUGGGAGUGGGAGAUGGGGCUCCUGGGGCGCUGGGAAGGGCUGGGCACUCAGGUCCAGCCCCUUUCCUGCGGCCCUCGCCCUCAUGUUUUUUUUUGUUUUUUUUUUACUUGAAUUAACUUGCCCCUACCCUGUCUCCUCCCCUCUUCCUCAUUCACCCCAGGUGAACCUGGAGAGACCAUCCUGCUGUCAUCAGUACCUGGGAAGUUCCCUCUUCUCUGCCCCCCUCACUCUUGUAUCUGUCCAGGCCCUGCAGGAAUCAGUGCCUCUCUCCCUCCCUCUCCUCUCCCCGGAUGACUGUCUUUUCUGAAAGUGCACAGGGCUCUCCUGAGCCCCCACUCUCGAACCCAGGUUCUCGUGGCUGUUCUUUCCAGUGGCUCCUGACAAGCUGCCUCUGGGGGACACAGACAUGACUGCAGAGAACCACGGUGCCAAACUCCUCCAGGGCAGCAGUUUCCUGAGACCUCCAGGUGGCAGGUGAUUCGCCCCUCCUGCUGCUCCCUCACCUGCAACAGGUCCUGAGUUCCUGGGGCAAGGGCAUGCCUGUGUCCUCCCACGCCGCCCCCAAGUUAGGGGUCCCCUGCCAGAGUGAUUUCCUUCCAGCUGUUAGAGCCUCCCGCAUCCAGCCAUACAUAUGCAGAGCAAGGGAAGAUGCCUUCUUCACCCUGAAAUCUCCACCGUCUGUUUCUGACGUGUAUGGUCACACGUGACCAUGGGAAAACCGAGUCAGAAGCCAUCUGUGACCUCCUUUCCUGGGUCCCCGCUUUUUAUGGCUCUUUCCUGGGUAGCCCCUGAGGGAAGGGCAGGAGAGAUCCCUGCCCCCCACUCCACUGUGAACAUCUCAGUGGGCCAGGUUCCCCUUCCCAGCAAAGGGUGACAUGUAGACUCCUGCACAGAAUUCAUCGCCUGUGGGCCCCAACCCCACCCGGUGGUCCUAGGCAAACGUUUUUCUUUCUUCCACCAGCCACCUCCAGUUUCUAUGUCCCUCCCUUCAGCUCCAGAGACCUGUUGUCUCAUCUCUUUCUUGGGGGGAGCCCGUAGCUCCUCCUUGUCCCCUGCCUUAAGUCCACCUCUUUGUCUCAGGGGUCUCUUUUCCUUGGCUGGCCAGGGUCCCCUCCUCUUCUCCCUCUGCCUGGUUCUCUGGGCUCUGGUCUCCCUCUGUAUUGGGGUGAAGGACCAGGAUUGCUGCCUUUUGUGGGUAUGUAGCCCCUUACCCCAUUUAGCUCUCAUAGUCUUUGCACCCAAUCUGAAUUCUUGAGAAUUUCCAUCUCAUUUUGAGCAAAAUGUGCUGGCCCUCUAACACAUAGAUUCAGUGUAAAUCUGAGCCUUUAACCCAUGUAGUUUUAGCCAGGGGGUGUAGUGGGGGGAGGAUGGAACUGGGACGCAUCCAGAUACCUCCCGCCAGGACCCAUGUGGCAGACCUUUAAGGUGGCUGGGCUGGAGUGUGCCUCUGGGUCUGUCCCCUAAAUAAAUCACAGUGUCCCCUACAGGCCCGUCUUUCCCCGGAAAACUCACUGGCUGUUGCCUUGCAGAGAGCAGCUUGGGGUCAGAUCCCCAGGGAUGCCUCAGCAGGGAGGCUUCCUCUGGCAGUCCUGGGCUUGGUGGAGCCUAGCGAUUGGCGUUUCUCCUGCUGUCCUUUCUGGAAAAGCACAUCUGCCCCCCUCCCUCACCUCCCCCACCCACCACUUACUAAGCAAGGGCUCUUCAGCCAGGGCUCACCUUAGGCAGGCCCGGAAGUCCGCCUCCAGCUGGGCUGUGGGUUUGUGGAUAGACCUGAGCGAAGGACAUCCUCUCCUGGGGGUAUGGGGAAGGUGUCUUUCCUUCCAAGACCUGGUUUUGGAGGGGCCCCUCUGGGUCACAUUUCUAAAUACCUCGCUAUCCUGGAAAAUGGGGCCCGGAUGGUGAUUGCGGUCAUUGCCGCUGUGGGCAGGAGUGGGACAUGUGGUUUGAGGAUUGAGGUGGAGAGGGAACCUAUUGGGGGUCUUAGUUGCUGCCCUGGGUUAGGGGCAGGGAGUGUUUAUUUUAAGAACCUGCCAUGUGUUGAAUCACUGUGAUUUCUUCAUUCCUUCCUCCUAAAGCAAAAAGAAAAUUCCCCCCAGCUCUCCGUAUGAGCACUAAGGGCCGUGACUGAGAAUGAUAGUGUUUUGGUCCUUUGCGUCACAACUGUGGUAUCUUUAUCUUCUUUGAUUGUUAUUAUUAUUUUUUAAAAAUGUCAGGAUGAAUUGUCAAGUGUGUGGCUGUGUGUCCUUUCUUCUCCUCGGUGGGAGGUUGUCUUCAUGCUGUGAAUUGCUGGGGGGCGUGCAGCUAAGUCCCUCUGAGCAGUGUCCUUCACGUCUCCUGCCCCAUCGCUCAUUCUUCCCUGUGGGGGUGUGCCCGCCUCUGCCCCCACCCCCAGGGGAUGCAGUGGCUGGGUCUUUCCAGCUGCUCUUUCUUUCUAUGACUUCAUGGCAUCCUGGUGCAGCCCCUUCACACCUACUAGGCACUCCUUCUCAUCACUCUGGAACACAUACCCUCCUCCGUCCCUCCAUAUCAGGACACUGUGCCUCAGUCCUUCACCUACCUCGCCACUCUGUGGCUGUCCCCAUUGGUCCCUUUCUCUAAACUGCUCUUCGUGAUCUGUUUAUUUCCCUUUAAUCUCUCAUGUUUCUUCCCAUCCCCCCCAUUUCAGUCCUUCAUUUCCCGCUCCCCCUCCCUCCCCCCUAAAUUCCUUUCACAAACUCUGCAUUGUGCUUGUCAUCAAGCAUCAGAGACAGUGGGUCCCUGACCUUCUCAUCUCAAACACGAAUUUCCCAGAGUCUGCUUCUUCUCUGUUGGGCCCCGAUGAGUUCCCUGACCCUCUGAUGAGUUCCCUGACCCUCCGUGGUGUCUGUCACUCUGUCUUGUCAUUCCUCGACUCUCCCCACGGCAGCAUCUGCUGAUGGACUUGGUCCUGGUGUGUGAUUGUUGUGACUUGUUCUGUGCGCGAAGGAAGGGGGCUUUUUGAGUCCCUUCCAAGUGAGAUUGUAAAUGUAGAAUUUUCUACUGUUGGAUCUAGAUUUUUUUCUUUUUUCCUUUUUUUUUUG